AUGUCGCAAAGCGUGAUGGUGAAGUCGGUGCCCUCAUCGAGGCCGGGCUCGACGUCGAAGCUCGGACAAACGAAGGCAUUGCACCGCUCAACAGCCGUGGCCCCAAAGGUGGAAGCUAUGCGCUUACUCGUAAACUAUGGCGCAGACGUCAACACACGGGACAACAACGGCAACAUACCCCUGCAUACGCUGGUGUAUUCCCCUUAA